UCCUCAAACUUUAGUUCCAGAGCCCUCCACAAGGAAAAAUAUUAUCGAAUAUUAAAGGCUUUUCGUUAUCGACAGAAAACAGAAUAAAAAAAGAUUUCCCCCCGUUUUGCAAUUCCGUCCCACCAACCUCCUCCGGCCGCCGUAGCGUAGCCGAAUUGUCCCGCUCCGGCGCUCGCCUGCUUCUCCGGCCAGCGAGAGUCUGUUUCAGGCGAGCAGUCUCCCCCGCACGCGGCUGAGGAGAUCCCGCGGGAGCUCGGGGUUGGGGCGCGCAUGAUGGGGUUUUCGCUCACGCCGAUGAAGACUCCGACGAGGCUUCUGUGGAGCACCAGCUUCUUCCGCCACAAGAUCGCCGCCAUCCUCGCCUCCUCCUCCUGCUUCUUAUAAGAUCACCACCGUCGUCCACAGCUAGAUGUACAUAUAUAAUUGAUCCCCCCCCCCCCCAAGUAAGUAAGGCAAUCUCGAAGCUUUGAUCUUUGAUCCAUGGAGUCGGGCCGGCUCAUCUUCAACACGACGGGCUCCGGCGCGGGGCAGAUGCUCUUCCUGGACUGCGGCGCGGGCAUCCCUGGCGGCGGCAUGUUCCAUCGAGGCGGGAGACCGGUGCUCGGCCUGGAAGAAGGGCGCGGCGUAAAGCGGCCCUUCUUCACCUCCCCCGACGACCUUCUCGAGGAGGAGUACUACGACGAGCAGCUGCCGGAGAAGAAGCGCCGCCUCACCCCAGAGCAGGUGCAUCUGCUGGAGAGGAGCUUCGAGGAGGAGAACAAACUGGAGCCGGAGCGCAAGACGGAGCUGGCGCGCAAGCUGGGGCUGCAGCCGCGCCAGGUGGCCGUCUGGUUCCAGAACCGCCGCGCCCGGUGGAAGACCAAGCAGCUCGAGCGCGACUUCGAGUGCCUCAAGGCUUCCUUCGACGCCCUCCGCGCCGAGCACGACGCCAUCCUCCAGGACAACCACUGCCUCCGCUCGCAGGUGUUGUCGUUGACCGAGAAGCUGCAAGAGAAGGAGGCGGCGGAGGGCGCCGCCGUCAACGCCACGGAGUUGCUGGCAGACGCGAAGGCAUCUCUGGCCGCCGACGCCGAUGAGCAGCCGGCGGCGGACGCGGCGUUAGAGGCUCAGCAGGUGAAGUCCGAGGACAGGCUGAGCACGGGCAGCGGCGGGAGCUCAGUGGUUGACGCGGACGCGCUGCUCCGCGCCGGCGGCCGUCUCGCUGCCGCCGUGGACAGCAGCGUGGAGUCCUACUUCCCCGGCGGCGACGACCAGUUCCACGACUGCGCGAUGGGUCCCUUGGACCACGGCGCAAGGGAAUUCCAGUCGGAGGAGGACGACGGCGCGGGCAGCGACGAGGGCUGCAGCUACUACGCCGACGACCCCGCCGCUGCCGCCGCCCUCUUCGCCAGCCACGCCCACCACCACGCGGACGACGACGACGGACAGAUCAGCUGGUGGAUGUGGAACGACUAGGCAUCCUGUCCCGCGCCGCGCGCCAAAUCUUGUGUUGAAAAUCGUGCAUUUUCUUUCUGCAACGUUGCUGUAAUGGUGAAUCACUAGCUAUGAUUAUGAAGAAGGUGUGUGCAUGCAUGGUAGGGUAAAAUCUGGCAAUUAAUAUCGUUAAUCCUAAUCAGUCUGGUGUAUGAGAAGAGAUCAAGAAGACAGUGGCCUAGGAGAGAAAUAAGUGCAUGGAGGCAAAGUACUCUCUUUUUAUGGCACAGCGCAUUAUGUCAAAUGAGAUUUAGUCAUCAUCGUUAUGUCAUUUCUGUUGUCGUCAAGAUCAAAUGGAAUUUUAAUUUAUUA